AUGGAGUUGCAUGUGCCAGAGUAUGGGAAGGUGGACUCUGUGUAUGAGCCUGCAGAGGACACGUUUUUGCUGAUUGAUGGCUUGGAAGCAGACUUGAAGAACAUCCUCGCCAUCAAGCCGCAGCUGUGUGUUGAAAUUGGAUCCGGAAGCGGUGUUCCCAUCACCUCGCUCGCAUGCUUUCUCAAGGACUCUUCAAAAUACAUGCAAGUCGUGGUGUGUGUGGCGGUUGAUAUCAAUCCGGACGCCGUCAUGUGCACGCAGGAUACGUUUCAACGCAACGGCAUUGAAGCAGAGUGCCUGCAAGGGGAUUUGUUACAGCCGCUCAUUGAUCGCAGCAUUAAAGCGGACAUUCUCAUCUUUAACCCUCCGUACGUCGUAACCCCAUCAGAGGAAGUUGGUCAGGAAGGCUUGAUGGCAGCAUGGGCUGGUGGUGCUGAUGGGAGGGAGGUCAUUGACCGGUUCCUCCCUCAAGUUCCAGCUGUGCUCACUGACUCUGGAAUCCUGUACAUGAUUGCGCUUCAAGAAAACCUCAUUGGCGGCUCUCUUGAUUCGAUGCUGCACAUGCUGCCGGAAUUUGAGGGGGAGAUUGUGCUCAGUCGCCGUGCUGGUGGAGAGCGGUUACACGUCCUCAAGUUUGUGCGUCGUCAGUAA